UCUGUCCGCUCCAAUGCGUGCGCAAGGCGGCUAAACCCCUCCUCACGCCAUCCCAACCGCUAAACCCCGGCGAUGCGGCGGCUCCCGAAAUCCCUCUUCCUCCUCGCCUCCCUCUCCAGGCCCCUCCUCCGCCACCGAGCCCCCCUAUCGCUGCUCUACACGCCACCUCCCCGCCCCCACUCACGCCCCCGCCUCCUCCCCUUCUCCACCCAAACCCUAAGCCCGGGCGCUGCUCCCGAAGCGGCGCCGACAGCCAAGCCCGUGGGCCUCGGCUUCCUGGAGGCCGCCGAGCUCCAGGAGUCCGCGGGCGACCACCAGCAAGCCCUCCAACUCGCCCUCAAGGCGCUCGCCCCGCUGCAGGAGUCCCACGGCGGGUGGUCGCUCCCCGUCGCGCGCUCCCUCCGCCUCGCCGGCGCCGCCGCCUCCCGUAUCGGCCGCUUCAGCGACGGGCUCGAGUCCCUCGGCGCCGCAGAGGAGAUCGUUGAUUACCUGAGAGGCGCACGGCGCGGGGACCCUGAGGUGGCGGCGGUGGGCGCCGCCGUGCACGAGCAGCUAGCGCGCACGAAGACGGCCGUGGGGCGCCGGUGGGACGCGGUGGGCGACCUCAGGCGCGCGCUGGAACUGAAGUGCAGGUUCCUGGAGGAACGGAGCGUGGAGCUAGGGGACACCUACAGGGACGUCGCCGAGGCCUAUGCGGGCGUACUGGACUUUGACAAGGCGCUGCCAUUGUGUUUGAAGGCGUUGGAGAUUGCUGAGGGGCGGUUUGGUGACGACGCAACAGAGGUGGCUAAGGUCCGGCGGCUUCUCACGGUUGUGUAUACUGGGUUAGGUCGCAAUGAGGAGGCACUGGAGCAAAUUGAACUCAUUAGGAUGGUCUAUGAGAGAUUGGGAUUGGAUGUGGAGCUUUCUCAGGUCGAAAUUGAUGGGGCCAACGUGCGUAUUUUGUUGGGGAGAUCAGAGGAGGCAAUGAAUGACCUUAAGAGGGUGAUGCAGCGGGCCGACAAGGAGAGCGAGGAACGUGCGCUGGCAUAUGUCACUAUGGCGAAGAUCUUGAGCUUUCAGGAGAGGUUUGGGGACUCAAAACGGUGCGUGGAGAUUGCUCGUGGGAUUAUGGACACAAAGGAUUCCAUGAACCCUGGGCGGGCUGCUGAGGCAUAUGCUGAGAUAUCGAUGUUGUAUGAGUCAAUGGCAGAAUUUGAAAUGUCUUUGAGCUUGAUGAAGAAAACACUUGUGCUUCUUGAGGGUGCUUCAGAGAUGCAGCACAUUGAAGGCAGCAUCUCAGCAAGGAUGGGGUGGCUCCUCCUGCUUACGAAAAGAAUUGCUGAGGCUGUUCCCUAUCUGGAGAGUGCAGUUGACAAAUUGAAGAAUUGCUUUGGACCCAAGCACUUUGGGUUAGGUUUUGCUUAUAAGCAUUUGGGGCAGGCUUAUCUUGAAAUGGACCAACAUCAAUCAGCUGUGAAGUUCCUCACUCUUGCAAAGGAUAUUACUGAUGCUGCAUUCGGGCCAACACAUGAGGACUCCAUUGACACAAACCAGUUCCUUGCAAACGCAUAUGGGCUGAUGGGGAGUUACAAGCUUGCUAUGGACUUUCAAGAACAAGUUGUUGAUGCUUACAAAACCUGUGACACGGGUUCCUCAGAGGAGCUCAGAGAAGCUCAUAGGCUUCUAGAGCAGCUCAGGAAGAAGGCGCAAGGAUCGCCUUCUGCAGUAUUUCCUGCAAAUGCAUUGCCACUGCUGCCCGAAAACAAUAACUAGUGCUUCUCUGUCAAUGUCAGCCUUUAGAUGAUCUGACGCUUAUUUGCUCGCUGGCAAUUGGAUGUAUGCGUUUGUCAAGUUGGAAGCAUCAGUUCAGUAACUUCAUGGAGGUGGGACCUUGGACAAUUUGUCAUGCGUCCUGCAGUGCAGCCCAUUGUAUGAGUGCCAGUGACCCAUUUAUUGAUUGUGUUUGUCAGCAAUUCAGUUAUCUUGGUGGCAACGCUCUGUACUGCAUUACAAUGCAAAAGGAGUGCACAAACCUUACAAUGUGGGGACUAGCCAAAAGACUGACUGGUGCAUUUUCUCCUACUAUUGAACAGAGCUCAGUUAAUCUUGAACAUCUGCAUUGAUUAGGAUUUGCAGGAUGCAAGCUACGUUAGCAUUGGUUGGUACUUGUUAGAAAUAUAGAGUCCUUAUCCUUUACUCUAGGUUAUUAGAGUCAUUUCUCUGUACUCUCUCUCAUUUACUCUAUAUAUUUCCUCAUUGGGGUUAUCAUUGAAUACAAAUUAAUAUUCCUAACAUGGUACCAGAGCUAGGUUUUUCUUUUGGGACGACGUAACUCGUCCCGAUCUAGCCCACCUGCCUGUUGGCUUCUCUUCUAUCUGCUCUCUCUCCCCUUCCCCGGUUGGGGCUCUCCUUGUCGCCCCACACGGCAAUCCUGCACCGUCUCGUGUUCGUCGCCUUGUGUGGCUAGUUGUCCGCCUUUGUCGUCGCCGGUCAGGUCCACUUUUGAUGCUGGCAGGUCUGCCUUCCCCACAGUCGGAUCCGCCUACCCCGCACCACUGGCUGGGUCCAUCGUCGCCAAUGUUGUUAACCGCUCGGUCCGCCCUGCUCCUUCAGUGCUGUUGGUCUGCACGUUGUCACAUAUCUGCCGCCACAUUGCAGGACGGAUCUCACAUGUGCCGCUCGACACGAUGGAUCUCGUGUCUUGAUCCGUCGCGUCGCUCGAUGGAAGGAUUUGUCACGCCGCGCGACACGAUGGAUCUCUCGUGUCUUGAUCCAUCGCGCCGCUCGAUGGAAGGAUUUGUCGCGUCGCUCGACCAAUCUCCGUCGUGCCUUGGACCUCUUCACUAUUGGGCCGCCGCCGCUGGCUCUGCCCUCUGUUCUGUGUGGCCCGUGCAGCUGCUAGCAAAUUGCCCGAGUCUAUUGCUAUUAUGAGAGGAGCUUUUGGGCCACAUAUGGAACAUGAUGGGCUACUCGGUUGGUGGUGACACAGCUUUGGUGCUGCUCUUGUUGUUGCUAGCCUGCUACAUGUUGGGCUACUGCUUGGCUUCUUCGAGCUCAAAUUAGCUUUUGUUCUUCCGCUGCUCUUGCUAGUCUUGUUUGUUAGGAUCUCUAUUUUUCUUUAGUCUUUACUUUCGCUGCGUCCACAUCUAAGUCUAUUUUCUCUUUGAAUUCAUCUAUAUUGUGCGAGUCCCCAUAUUCCUCCAUCAAUUUCUUUCAUGGUUAGCUAAAUUUCGUCUUUGCUUAGCUAAUCAUUUCCUGUCGUUAUUGAUGCAACCGUGCUAUCUAGAUCUAGGCCUUUCCGUAACUUUAGUGACAACUCUGUUUGUUGUCUUGCUAUUCGUCAUUGCUUUGUUUGUAAUUAUUGUUUUAUGCAUUAUUUUGUCAUCUUGGUCUUUUUUAGUUGUAGUGGCAAUUUCGUUUGUCAUUUUGUUGCUCGUCAUCGCUUUGUUGCGAUUCUUAACCAUGGGUAUUCUUUUGUUAUCAUUAUCACGACUUUACUGUUUUUCACUUUGCACUUCUUCGGCUUGAUUCGACAGGAUUACCGAGUCUCCACUUUACGAUGGCUUUGAAGAGAUAGAUUUUGGAUGUAUUAGUUUUAUAUUGCCUAAGUUUAGUACUUAGUAUCAACUCUCUCAACUGCAACACUAUUGCAUGUCUUGCAUUUGAGGGGGGAGGGGGGGGGGGUUAGGAAUAUAUAGUUCUUAUCUUUUAAGUAUAUGUUAUUAGAGUUAUUUUUCUGUACUCUUUCAUGUACUCUAUAUUCUAUUAGGGCUAUCAUUGAAUACAAGUUAAUUCUUAACCGUACU